AUGUCGGGUAGUCUCGAGGUCGCCGCGGGGAUCUUCGCAAUCAUCGGUGUAGCCGAUGUUGUUGUGCGAAUGGGAAGAGAGGUCCAUGGCUUCUUACGCGACAUCGCAGGUGCGCCAGAAGAGAUCGACAGACUUUGUACUACCGUAAAAGAGACUGCGCUACUGGCCGAAACCGUGAAACAGCUUCUCGAUACCCUGGCUUGUCGGAAACAACCCAACGCGACGAAUCACAUGGUAGCACUUUUCGAAUCUGCACUCAAGAGCUUGCAACGCGAAUUACAGAACUUGAGGAUACUAAGCGCGAGAUUCAGGAGUGGCAGCAAGACCUGGAGUAGGGUGAAGUACGUUCUGGAUGAGCGCAAGAUCAGCAAGAUGUUCAACAAUCUGGAACGAUCGAAAAGUCUACUAGCAAACUCUUUGCAUUUUGCAAGCAGGCAAAGAUCAGACGAUCAACACCUGGAACUACUGCAAAGGCAGGACAAAAACCAAGCCACGUUGAUUCAAGGACAAGAACUUCUAGGACGUAUGUCGGUCCAUCACUACCAGGAAACAAAACGGGCUUCGAAGAUCUUGGCAAUCACCCACCAGGAGCAAGUGAGAGAGCAUCAAAAGACUCGCGAAGUCUUAUCAGAAAAGAUCGGCGAUGCCAUAGCCGCGGAGUUUGAGAGGUAUCGCAUCCCUCGCACUCAGAGAUGGAUGAGAAACAUCUUCUUCUUUGGUGAACGUCGUGACAUGAUCAUGGCCUAUCUACUUCUCGUCAAACCGCAUCUAGAGGCAGCAUUCCGAAACCUGCUGACCGAUGGUAUCGAACGAUUUCCACCUCACUAUGUCGAUUGGUUACGAUACGAGUUCGACCACCUUGUCGCAUCAGCAUCGCAAGAAGAAGCGACAAGACACCGCGGAUCUUCCGCAGCCUCUUUCGGCCGUUGGCACUACUCUGAGGAGACAAUGCCACAUCAUUCUAAGGUAUCUGGGCGUGCUAUUGAAGAGUCAAACACCAGUUCAGAUACGCCGGAAGCAGACUACGCAAACCUCUAUCUCAGCGCGCCAGUAAUCGCGGGCCAAAGGGCAUAUACACAAACUACUCCCUUCGGUAGUCUACGUAUACAGUCUCCUCGACGAGCGGUCAAAGCCAAGUUCAAACGUCCAAAUAACGAGGCCAGUUUCACGUUCACUUGUGGUAUUGGCCAAUCAGUCCACGCCAUUCACGCCCACUUCCUUCGUAACGCAGCUAAUGCGUCGAAUCCGGGGCUCUGCGCUCAACUCAGUGUGUUCACCUUGGCUGAGUCCGAGACGCAUUACAACCAGCUUUUUGCAUCUGCUGGUGUCGAAGAGAUUGACGACGCAUUACGGAGAGGCGUCAUCUCUCCGUAUGAGAUUAACCGGGAAGGAAGAAACCUCCACGACGUCAGCAUAGUCGCAGGUCUCUUCGUGCGCUCGAUAGUUGAUGACGACCGUGCCCCGUUCGAGAAAACCGUCGACUACAUCAUCCCCCAAGUAUACGAGUCAUCUUCAUUCCUCUUCGAGACGACAAUGAACAUGCUGCUCUGGGACUACUACCAAGGAAGACCGCGCUCCCUACUACGACAACAAAUUCAACGAUUGCAGCAAGAAGGUCUCAUCUCCAACUCCGUAAUCAUGAACGACGACCCGUGGGACUGGCCCUCAGUAUCGAGCAUCAUGGCUCCACUCUUCGAAGUCGACGCUGCGUACAUCAACACCAUCGGGAGUCUUGGCCGCAACAGGAUACAGCGCUGCUACCGCGUUAUUGAUCAUGGAAGUAGUCCAGGAGAUCCGGUCGCUGUCGAAGAGAUUGCAAAUGCGUUGAUAAGAGCGGGUGUUGAUGUGCAUCACCGCGACCAUGACGGUCUGACCCCGAGUAUGUACGCCAGACGCUGUGGCGCAUGGGAUGGAUGGUGCAGCGCACUUGCGACGAAUGGUCUGCGCAUUGAAGAUGUUGUGAGAAAAGAAGAUGCAGAGUGGCUUCUAGAUGAGGGUUGGAGGAAUGUCAUGAAGGAAAAGCAUGGGGAGCUGGCGGUCACGGGAUAA